AACAUAACAGUCGCAAUAUGCCGCAUUAAUACAACGACCAACUACGACGUGGAUUUAAACGCGUUUUUGGCAAUUUACGAACUCAAGGAAGAAAAAAGUCUUGAGAAAGAUAAUUUAAAAUAAACAGAAAUAAUGUGUCUUAAAAAACGUUUAUUAUUUAUAACAUGUUAAAAGCAAUCAAUAUAUGAAGUGCUGUUGUAAAUCUGAGAAGAAAAUAAUAGCAAUAAUAUACAUUAUAUGUACGCUUCUAAAAACGUGAAUAUAGUAAAUUUUGUUAAAUAUAUAUAUGUAUGUAUAUGUGCAAAUUAUUAAAGUUGUGUUUGUUAAAAAGGAUACUAAAUUUAUCCAAAAAAGGACAUCUUUUACCAUACAAACGGAUGGACUCGCCUGAACUAUACGAAGUGUAAUGAGAAUUUAAUGAAGACACUUAAUAGUGAAUACAAUUGACUGCUUCUGCAUGUAUUUUCUAAGGAAUCCGGUUAUGGGAAUAAUAUCAAACAGUAUUAUAAUAUGCCACACUCAAAAACGUAUUGCGUUGCGACGGUCCCUUAUAUAUAUUAAAUGCAAUAAAUUAUUAUUUACCGUUAUUUUAACAAUAGCCUGCUCAAUAAAUAUAAGCUUGGCACAGCAAGAACACAAUCGUAAAUUACAUAGUUAUGGCGGACGUUUUGUGGGCGAAGAUGAGGCAGAAGCCAUAGCAAUCGAAGAAAAUAUGCGUCUGGCAAAAAUCCCAUGUAAUUUUACUACUAAAACUAAUUGUAUAUAUGCAGAACAACAUCUAGCCAAGCUCACUUUACCAACAAAGGAUUUAAUGCAGCAUAGCAACCAACAUAACAUAAACGAUAUCGUUGUUUCUUGGGUGCCACAAGCUGGUAUUAUAAAUAGAACUGAACAUACCUUUGGUAUUGUCAAUAUUUUUGAUAACAGAAAUGCCAACACCAUUACCAAUACUACUGCUCCAAAUAAUGUUCCAGAGAAAGCCCAAAACAGCUUCUACAAUUUUAAUUGGAUUUUUGAAUUGUUGGCAUGCAUGAUGUUAGCUAGUGCAUUUGAAAUUUGUCUCCUAGUAUUGCGUAAUUUACGAAAUAUUAGUUUAGCUUUUUUUGGAUUUUGGUCAGCUUUAAAUGCUUAUUUUCAGAAGCUCUGUUACGCAUGUUCUACGUCGUCCGCCAUUAAGAGUGACCAGCAGCGCAAGCGAAAUGUUGCAAUGGGAGAAAAACGCACAUUGUCAUAUAUAUUUGCUAUACUGACGUGGCGGGCUUCACAAACUGCAAAAGGCAGCACAACUAGUACUGAGGCAAAUUUAAGAGACGAAAAUACUGGUGCAAUUAGUUACGGUCACGUCACUACCAUGGGAGACUUGUUGCUACUUAUACUAUUCACUCAUGUUUAUUAUCAGAGGCAAAAAUGUCAUCAGGGUUCAGAUAAUGAUAAUGUUACUGCUGAAUCGGAAGAGUUAUUAGAAGGUCACAAGGAAAGCGAAAAUAAUAACAGCGGUUCAGUUUAUCAAGAAUUCUAUGAUAAACAGAAUGAAAAUAUUAAGAAUAACAGUUUUAGCGACACAUCCCGCCACAGACGUGGCCUAAGUAAACGAUGCUCACAUUUCUGCGGAAACAUGUAUCAGCAAAUAUUGUUGCUACAAGAGCAUCAUAAAUCAGCUCAAGUCAAAAUUUCACCUUUUACAACGUCGUACGCAACCAAAAUACCUUAUCUGACUUACUGCACUGGCAUUGUUUGGCAUACGUGCUGUUUCUGCCAGUAUUCUUGUAGAACGUGUUGCUACUGUUGUAGCAGCUGUCGGAAUCAGCGUUGCUACAUUUAUGUACCAACCCUAUGCAAUAAAAUCUACUGCUGUUGCUUCUAUAAAUCUCUGAUAUCCUUUCAUGAUGUAAACUUCCAAUAUUGCUGUUACAUCUGCUGUUGGCCGGAUUUCAACCAUAUCAGUGGUGUUGGUUCUUAUUCAUCCAGAUGUUGCUGCCACUUCUACUGUGAACGUGUCUACAAUCAUUGUUGCCUCUGUAACGCGCUUACAAAUAAAGCUCGUGCAUUGCUUCUCCUCAACAAGAUAAAAAGUUAUUCUUCAAAUGCCUACCGUUCUUCUGCAGAUUACUGUGUGUGGAAAGUCAAGUGCAACAACCAAAGUUAUUCUCUGUUUUACGAGAUAGAUGGCCAAAGCUUUUCUUUUCUCUACAUGAUAGAUGGCAGGUCCAUGUUUGUGUAUAAGCCUAACUAUUACCAGAUAGCAUUAGAUGUGUUUUGCUCACUAUUACCGCAAUAUCUUGUGACUGUAAAAAAUUGUCAAAGUUUCGUAAAAUGGAAGAAGUUUCACGUCGCUGUGAUGGUAAUGGCUUUAAUAGUAAUUUGUGCCUCAAGCGCCGGGGCUAAUUAUGAUCACCAUCACUAUUACAAUUAUCUUUUCAAUAGAUACCAUAAACAUUUCUCCAGAUGCAAACAAAAUAAAAGAAGACGAAGGCGACGGCGACGUCGGCAUCAACAUUGUAAGGCCUAUAGGCCGCAACAUUACUUCUAUACCACGCUAAUACAGUGUGUUAAACGACAAAAAGUAAAAAAAAUGCAUAAAAAAUUCGUUAAUAGACUACAUAAAAAAACGGCAAAAUUACUAACACCCAACAUAUGCACAACAUAUGAGUUUUCUUUAGCAGCAACAGGUACAUCUGCAACACCAGUCACAAUGAAACCUCCAAUUGUACGGGCUAUAAGACGGGUGCGUGGUUCGAAGUCAAAUAUUGUCUGGUUGCUCAUUGGACUGAUAUGGUUCGAAGGACCAAAAAUUGUUAACUGUAAUGUAAUUAUAAACUAUCAGAACCAGCAACAACACGAACAACAGCAACAACAACAUCAACACCAACAAACCGGGAACAGCCAUAAGGAGACAACAACUAAUAGCGUAAAUUCGAACUUUGAAUACAAAAUGGACAAUUUCAAUCAAAUGAAAACUAAAAGUGGUAACAAUAAUAAUAAUAGCAAUAACAAUAGUAAUAAUAGCGGUAAUAAAAAUAAAAACAAAAAUAACAAUAAUAACAACAACAAUAAUAAUAACAAUACUAACAAUAGUAAUAGAAGCUCCAGUAGCAGCAAUAUACAUUUAUCUGUUAAUGUCAUUCCUAUUAUUAACACUAUACAUUUUAAACAUUAUUGCAAUAGUAAUUAUCAUCAGAAACUCGUACGAUCAUCGCAACGUGUUCAACGUGCCUUAAAAACGAAUCCAAAUUUGGAUACUAGUAUAACUUCAAGUGCCUCUCUAAAUAACAAUAACAUUAACGAUGAUUUGGACUCGGAACAGAUGUCGUCAUCAGCAUUUAAAACUAUUAACGAAGAAAGACACGCUCAAAGCGAUCUUAUGCGUUUGGAAUCUAUUAAGCAUCAAAUAUUAUUCAAAUUGGGUCUGACGCGAAAGCCCAACGUAUCGCAUCCAUUGCCAAAACAAUUUAUAUGGGAUACAAUAUAUCGAGCCGAUGGCAUUAAUAGUUUUCAUGAAUUUUCAAAUACAAAUAAUUUCCAAGAUCUUCAUAACAUUAUGCCUCAGCAGAAUUAUCCGUUUUGGUCAGCAAAACCAAAUAAAGGUGUCAGUGUAGUGUCCAUGAAUCAUCAACAUCGGCCAAAUAGAGAUGACCGAAAAGAUCACUCUAAAGAUUCAGAAGAUCUAGAAGACGGCGUAGAUAAUAUGAAAAGAUCGCUAGAUAAUAUUAUUGUUUUACAUAAGAAGUAUAGUAAAAAUAAACAACAACUGCAGCAGCAACAACAACAUCAAACACUUCCUAAACUUUACAACAACGAUAUCAACUAUCAGAAAGGAGCAACAUCAAAAAACUUGAAUCAAUUUUUAUACACAACAAAUCGAAACAAUGUAAAUCACACAAACAAAACGGUUAAUAAUUUCACAAUAUUUAAACAAACUAAACACCAACAACAAUUUCAUAAAAAUUCACAACACUCAACAACAGCCAAAAAAACAACAAUACACCAACAACAGAAUCGAAGACAAUAUGAACCAAUUAAUCAAUACACAAACAGCAACAAAAACAAUAUUCAAAAUAAUAAUAAAAAUAAUAAUAGAAACAAUAAUAAUAAUGAUAAUAAUGUUAACAAUAGUAACAACCACAACAACAACAACAUUAUUAUGGUACAAAAACACCUUCGCAACAACAAUAAAUAUAUUGAAGAAGCAAAAAAGUUUACAUAUCUAACGGAUAUCAACAGUAGUGAUGAUAGUUUAAAUAAUAUGGAGUAUCAUAAUUCCGACAUUGAUGACAAUAAUAGAGUAGUUAGAAAGCCAAAUGAACAUAAACAGCAAUUGCAACAGCUGCAACAAAAGCAACAUCAUGUCCCCAAAGUGGAAACUUCUGAAAGUAGUUACCAUCAUCAUUUUAAUAUCGAUACUCACGAUGACGCUGAUAAAGGUGAUGUUCACGUUAAUGAUGUUGAUACACAUACAGAUCGAAGUAUUAUUCAUGACGCUGAAAGUGACAACGAUGACGUACAUGAAGAGGAUGAUGAUGGCCAUCGUUAUCAUCAUUAUUCGCAUCAGCAUCGUCAUGAAAAUUAUUCUCCUAAAUUAGACGCUUUCGAUGAAAAUGAUGAUUUUUUCGGUAGUACUCAGGAGAUAAUAACUUUUGCUGAAAAAGGUAAAAUGUACAAAAAUCAUCGAUUGGUUGAAUUUUCCCAUCAAAACAAUGAAAAGCCAAAACAGAAGCUUCAUGUGCGCAAUGCUGAGAUACACAUACGCAUCGACAAAAUUUCAAUAAAAAAUAAAUCCAGAGCUGGCUCAGGAAUAAAACGCAAAAGACUGAAAAUAUGGAUAUUUCAAUUAGUUGAAAACAAUUACACUUACAAGGGGUUUGAUCAUGCGGCAAAAUUUUGUGCAUCAUUUGAAGUAGACACAUCCCGCUUAGGAUGGAUGAAGUUUGAUAUUACAACAACUGUUAAGGAAUGGUAUUCGCGUAGAGAAAAUGAAAAACUGAGAUUGCUCAUUGACUGCACAGGUUGUGGCAAGGUGUAUACAGUACAUCUAUUUAAUGGCAAUACUGCCAAGAUGGAUGCAAGCAUUAGGGAACGCAGAAUAGCCGAUGAAAGACUGGUGGCAGAUAAGGAUGGCAUAAUACAAAGAAACCCGGAGAAUUCAGAUGAAGAAGAUCUAUUAAAUUCAAGUCGUCCAUUUUUAGUUCUGCAUACCGAAGCUAGAAGACAGCGUCGUGUUCGUCGUCGCGCUAUAAAUUGUAAUGGAGCGUUACACGGUCAGUGUUGCAAAGAGUCGUUUUAUGUUUCAUUUAAAGCACUCGGCUGGGAUGAUUGGAUCAUAGCACCUCGAGGAUAUUUUGCCAAUUAUUGUCGUGGCGAUUGCACUGGUCCAUAUCGUACACCAGAUACUUUUCAAACAUUCCAUGCUCACUUCAUUGAAGAAUAUCUAUGUAAAAACAAUAUUUUAGCGUUUAAAGACAAUUGGAGUAGAGUGGAUUUUCUAAUAUAA